GAAAAAAAUCUCCCGCGCUUUACGAUUUCGUGGCCACAAUGUAUCGUGGCCGAGCCAUAUAUAAGGGGGGUAGCUUAAGGAGUUGUCCAUACUCCUGUGAGCACUCCCAAAGAGUAAACAGCUCAACACAUUUUGUAUUUUUAUAUUCUAUCGUGUGUUUUGUGCGAUCGAGAUUAAAUAAGGCUGCAACCAAAUACUCAACUAGCGACAUCUAUUAUCGAAUAGCAACAAUGAUGACUUCACUUUCGCUACUCGCCGCUGUCUUAGUGUCGCUGCUGUGCACUUUCACAAAUGCACAUGUUGCCGACAGCAGAAAAGCAUUGGAUAACAACAUUCAACCUAACGCAGUCACACCCCGAAGACGCCACCUUCGAGACAUGGUCCGCAUCAGGAACGCGCCCCCGGAGACGGUGCAGUUCGAGCCAGGAACCCGACUGGUGUUGGAAUGUGAGGUGCUCGGGAAACCAGCUCCCACCGUCCAGUGGCUGAAAAACGGGGAACCUGUUGUGGAUUACGAAGUGGAAAGCAAUGACAUACUGCCCGCCGACCCAUCCAGCUUCGCUCAAAUGGUGAGCAAGCUAGUCGUGACGUCAACGUCCAACGGUGACAUAUACACCUGUGUGGCAACCUCAGCGCUCAACCAGAAAACUGCUUCAACUACCGUUUUCACUGUCGAAGAAAGCGAAGAAGAGAACCUUCUAACUCUUCAGAAGCUGUUCAGAAUGCCAUCGAAGCCAGUCAUCACAUCGUACUACACGAACAUCUUUCAGAACAUCGGGUCUGACGUGGUUCUGCCGUGCCGGGUGGACAGCACCAGCAAGUCUCAGGUCUUCUGGCAAGAUAAUAACGAUGAGCUGGUGUUCGGCAACUCUAGGAUGCGGGUCCUUCCCUCAGGCGAUCUAGUAAUCACUCCUCUGCUAUGGUCAGACAUGGGCAACUUCACGUGCAUAGCCAAGAAUAUGUACGGCAAGGAUACCAUGACCACCUUCAUGUACCCGCUCAGACCUUCCAAAGUAUAAGCGCAAAAACUUCAAGUGUUUGACCAGAAACGUUACCCGCCGAUUUAAUCUCGAUGUUCCUAUUAUUAAGUGUCGUUUAAGUAAAACUUAACUUAUUGUUAGCUUAAGUUACAAUGUAUACAACAAAGUAAUAUAAGUACUUAAUAUAAAUUUAUUAAAAGCAAACUUAUAUUGUAUGCCAAAAUGAAAUUCAGCCGUUUUUAUUUAGACUGGUAAAAAGUAACUUAAAAUUGUACUGUAGACAUUUUUUU